AUGUCGCAAGCGCACCUUGUCAAAGCGCUAGACCAGAUCAAAAACAAGGAAAAGGGGGUGCCCGAUAUUGAUUUCACAAUCCAUACACUUGAAGAUGGGUCAGUUGUGAGCACACAGGAGAGGGCGGUCAAGGAUGUUCAAGCACCGGCUAUGCAUCGACCAACAGACGCGCAAUUUUUCUCGCGUGUGGACCCGUCAAAGCCCGAUAUUGCGUUUUUAAAGAAUCAUUUUUACCGCGAGGGGCGAUUGACAGAGGAACAGGCGUUAUGGAUCAUCGAGCAAGGAACGGCGAUAUUACGAGCAGAGCCGAAUCUGCUAGAGGUUGAUGCCCCCAUAACAGUGUGUGGCGAUGUACACGGCCAAUACUAUGACCUUAUGAAACUGUUCGAAGUGGGUGGAAACCCAGCCGAUACGCGAUACCUGUUCCUGGGCGACUACGUAGACAGAGGAUACUUCUCGAUCGAAUGUGUUCUCUACUUGUGGUCUCUCAAGAUUUGGUACCCCGAUACCCUAUUCCUCCUGCGCGGAAACCACGAAUGUCGCCAUUUGACGGACUACUUUACAUUCAAGCUCGAAUGUAAACAUAAGUAUUCUGAGCGACUCUACGAAGCUGUUAUGGACUCAUUCUGCACUCUCCCCCUCGCGGCCGUUAUGAACAAGCAGUUCCUGUGUAUUCACGGUGGCUUGAGCCCUGAGUUGCAUACUCUGGACGAUUUGAGGAAUAUUGAUCGGUUCCGGGAACCUCCUACGCAUGGUCUCAUGUGUGACAUCCUUUGGGCUGACCCACUCGAGGAUUUUGGAUCCGAAAAAACAACAGAGAACUUUGUGCAUAACCAUGUGCGAGGGUGCAGCUAUUUCUUUACAUACCAAGCGGCAUGUACGUUCCUUGAGAGGAAUAAUCUGCUGUCGAUCAUUCGUGCGCAUGAGGCACAAGAUACUGGGUACAGGAUGUACAGAAAGACAAAAACUACUGGGUUCCCUUCAGUAAUGACGAUCUUCUCUGCUCCCAACUACCUCGACGUGUACAACAACAAGGCCGCAGUCCUCAAAUAUGAAUCCAACGUUAUGAAUAUCCGGCAAUUCAACUGCACGCCUCACCCAUAUUGGCUCCCGAACUUUAUGGACGUGUUCACAUGGAGUUUGCCAUUCGUGGGAGAAAAGAUUACGGAUAUGUUGAUGGCGAUUUUGAACUGCUGUUCCCAGGAAGAGCUCGAAGCCGAAGAGGAAGAGACUCUAUCGCCAACCGUAUCCGAUAGCGAAAAGGCUGGCGACGAGGAUGGCGCGGAACGCCGAAGAGUUAUCAAGAACAAGAUCCUUGCUGUGGGUAGGAUGAGUCGUGUGUUCUCGCUGUUGCGUGAGGAAUCCGAACGUGUUUCCGAACUCAAGAAUGUUUCUGGUACUGGAAAACUACAACAAGGCGUACUUGCUGCUGGAGCCGAGAAUAUCAAGGACAGUAUCGGAUCAUUCGAUGAUGCUCGUAAAUCUGACAUUGAAAACGAACGUCUACCACCCGAGCUGAUCGACCCCGCCGAACACUUUUCCAAUGGCCCCACACCUGUCGAAGAAUCUCCUCAAGACACCCCAGCCCCAUUCACAUCCAAACACUCGAACACCGGAUCAAUUACUUCUCUCGAAGCAGUCAUUAACAGAACUGUCGCCGACCUUGAUUCUCCCGGUUCACCUCACUCUUCUGGUCCAAGCGGCAAGCGAGGUCACAUCAGGGCGAGCAGUCUUGGUACGACCAUGACCAGCCCGAGUACUCGGCGACGAAGCAUCGAGAGUACGAUUAGCCUGAUCCGGGAGGCCGUCGAUGGGCGUUCAAACGAGAACGACGCGGCGGUCGAUCAGAUGGUCGAUCAGUUUGCCGGGAAGCGAGGUAGCCGAGGCAGUUCACCUGCGAGGAGCUCGGUAGAUAUAUAA